GGGAAAGGAACUAGGCUUGUAAACCUCAAUCUAGAACGUUGCUGUGUAAAUUUCUGUGAUGAUACAGGAUUGGAUAAUACUAUCAUUGACGAUCCUAAAUCUGUCAAUUAUGGAUCCCAAGGUGGUCGGGUUUCAUUUAAAUCACUGGCUGACGGCACACCACGCACUGCGAGCAUUCUGUCUACUGCUCCUGAAGUUUGUAAAAGACUGAAGUACUCAGUCUCUCUUGAAAUAUCACAGUUUAGCGUUUGUCUCAACAAGGAUAAACACUCAACCCAAGUGGAACUUGAAAGAGCAAAAUCCAUCUACCAGGAGUAUCUGGAGGAGCAUAAGCCUUGUUCGAAUGUCACAUUGUUUGAUAUGCACAAUGCGAAGCUUGUACGUCGAUCUGGUGGUCUUAAUGAAAUUGAUGUCUGUUCUCUCUUCAGUGCUACUCAUAUUUCACUGGGUUGGGAACCUGACGUCCAUCUAUCUUUUUAUGAACUGUUUUUGCGGUUGAGAUCCCUGGUGUAUGCACAGAGGCAUAAUGGACCUGAAAGCGGGUGCGAUAAAGGCAUCUCUAGUGUGAAAGAUGGUGGCCCGAGUGAAAAAACAAAUCAGUCCAGUUCUGUUGACAAGCAGAAGAAAAAGGAAUCUAUGUUUGCUAUUGAUGUGGAAACGUUGACUAUAUCAGCUGAGGUAGGAGAUGGGGUGGAGGUUACGUUGGAGGCACAAUCAAUUUUUUCUGAGAAUGCCUGUAUAGGAGUGCUUCUUGAGGGGCUUAUGCUUGCUUUCAAUGGAUCUCGAGUAUUUAAAACUACAAGAAUGCAAAUAUCAAGAAUCCCUACUGCUUCUUUGAAUUUGUCUGAUUCAGUCCCUGUAAUGACAGGUGGUCCGUGGGACUGGGUUGUACAAGGGCUUGACAUGCAUAUUUGUAUGCCAUACAAACUACAGUUGCGUGCUAUAGAUGAUUCAAUUGAAGAGAUGUUGCGAGGCUUGAAACUUAUAUCU